UGGAUGGAAAGGUGAACUCACGGGGUAUCCUCCCUGGAGAGGGGGUUUUGAGACCUCAUCGUGUGCGCUUGUAUUCGGUAGCUCCAUUUGCAGGGUAAUAUGGAGAUUCUUCAGCCUCUUUUCUUUGAACUGAGGGAUUGAAGAAAGUGCAACCAAACUAUGAAACUCUAUGGAUGAAUAAUACUACUAAUAGACCCUAAACUUGAAGUUGUAGGGUGAUUCUAAGUCUCUAGACUCAGCAUCGCUCGUCGUCACUCGACGAUUGUGAUACAGAAAUGAUUUGAGGCCCCAGCGCCGUCGGGAAGAUAUAACGUAUUCGCCCAACGCCUCAAAUUCAGUUAGCUAAAGCGAUCCAAGCACUAAGCACGAUGAGUGAAUCCCGAGAGUCCGAAUCCGGUGAUUCCAAGUUGCCCAAGAUUCCCGAGCAACAAGAAGAGCCUCCCCAGAAUGAUGCAGCGGCGGAUUUCGAGACAGCCAUCGAUUCAGCUGGCUUUGGGAUGUUCAACAUUCUGCUCCUGGUUGCCGCCAUCCCAGCGGCAAUGGGCACCGUCUACGAGACCUCCACAAUGUCCUACAUCCUGCCCAGCGCCGAGUGUGAUCUCCAAUUGAGCCUGCUGGACAAGGGCAUCCUGAAUGCCAUCACGUAUGCCGGCAUGAUCAGUUCGGCGGUGAUGUGGGGCUACCUGGCCGACACGAAGGGCAGGAGGAACCUCCUGAUUGUGGGCUAUGCCGCCGAUACGGUAUGCGUAUUGGGUGGGGCUUUCAGUCAGAAUCGAAUCCAGUUGAUGGUCUUCAAGUACUUGGGAGGCUUCUGUAUGAGUGGUCCCUUUGCCGUGCUGAUGACCUAUCUGACGGAAAUGCAUGGACGGAAGCAUCGUCAGCGCAUCAUGAUGAUGGUGGGCAUUAUGUUUUCCAUUGCGACGCUUACGUUACCCGGAUUGGCCAUGCUGAUUUUGCCCCAAACGUGGGACUUUCAUGUCUGGACCUUAAAACUCGCAUCCUGGCAAGUUUUCGUUGCCAUCACAGCAUUACCCAGUCUCCUGAGUUUUGUGCUCUUCUUUUUCUUCCCUGAGAGCCCGAAGUUUCUCAUGUCCAAGGGACGCAACCAGGAGGCUAUGACCGCCUUCAAAAUAAUAUACCAUCUGAACUCACGAAAGCCCAAGGAUUCGUUUCCAAUCAAACUGCUGGCCAAUGAAGUAAUCGUUCCAGUGAAAAAACACAAGGAGGGAAAGGAUGUUCCCAUUGAGAUCAAACUGCCAAUGGAAAGUGCAGAGGUGCAGGAUGCGGAAAGUCAGGACGCUAAGAAGAGCUCUCUGCGAUCGGGAUUUACCCAGCUGCGCCCACUUUUCACAAAGCCCUACUUGGGCCUAUCUCUAUGGGUGUACCUCCUCAAUUUCUGCGUGCUUUUGGGACAGAACACCAUGCGGUUGUGGCUGCCACAACUGUUUGCUUCGAUCAACGAAUACGAACAAUUGAUUGACGGUCAGUCGGAAUCGACGAGCAUAUGCAAUAUCCUGGAGUACAGUGUAAAUCGUACCCAAAACCAACUGGAGGCAGCCACUCGAAAUGAUCCCAAUGUUGAGUGCCAUGUGAACAUAACUGCUUCUACGUAUACCAACAACCUAAUCGUGGCUGGUGCGGGAUUUGUGGCAUAUAUGCUGGCUGGAUUCCUGGUAAACCUGGUCGGCGUCAAGCGUAUCAUGACCAUGGGACUCUUUGUUGCUGGUUGCUGUUCCAUUGGGAUGUACUGGUCCAAUUCAGCGAUAUCCACAGUGGCGAUCGCUUCGCUUUUCGUGACCAUGGGCAGCAUAUCGGCCACUUCAGUGAUCAGUGCCUCAGUCAAUCUUUUUCCCACCUCUCUCAGGACGAUGAUUGUCUCGCUGGAAAUGAUGUUCGGUCGUCUGGGCUCACUGCUGGGCAACAUUUUCUUCCCGGCACUGAUGGGUUUGGGCUGUGUGCCCCCGUUCCUAAUGAUCAGUUCGUUCAUGCUGGCUGGCUGCUUGAUGGCCGCCUUCCUGCCGCUGAAGAAUAAGGCUGCUUUGAAGUGAGCUCCUUUGCGACUUGGCACUAAUACCGCCGCCGUAACAAGUUUCCAACUCAGUUGCCAUUCCACCGCUGUACAUAGUAUUUAACUUAAUUCUUAUAUUAGUUCUUCGUGUCCACACCUUAUACACUCUUGCAGGGGUUGCAAUAUUUGUGGCAAGAGCUUGGCGUCUAGUUAAUCCGAUUACAUAUUACCCAAUAAGUGUCCGCUAUAAGGCUCUUUUUAAAAUAAUAUCAAGAGUUGGCCUUUGUAUAUACCUCAAUUUCAAGCUCAAGUUCAAUCGAUACAAUCUGCAAGGGUAUUUUAUGCUUCGGCCCGUCGAGCUGCCUUUCUUUUCCUGAUAUUUUCUUCUUUUUUUUUUUUGUUUGUUUGUUUGUUAGGUUCUUUUGCUUUGGUUUAAUUAAAAGUUAAUUUAUUUUAGAUUGGAAGUUUCUAGGAUUAAGCAAUUUGUAUGCAAUUUCGUUUCGCUUGUCAAUUACACGAAUUCCUUUCCAU